AGCUCUUACACAUUUUCCAACAUGGCUGCGCCCAUGAACAGUUCAUGCUUUUUGCGAACAUACUUAAUCCAAUUCGCAAAUCAACACACAGAUUUCAGGACUGCGGAAUUCAAUGCAUUAAUUGAUUUGUUUAGUGUUGAUAUCCAAUGGAAAGAAAAUGACAUUGAAGAAAAGACCCCAUACCUGAUGGUGAAGUCACUUUCUGAGGAGCAUGUGAGAAAAGUUGGAAGUCGGUCUGUUUUGAUAAAGAACAUCAUAGAACUGUGGGGUCAUGGCAGCACAUAUUCAGAGUUAAACAAAAGUUUGAGAGAAACAAAUAAAGAUAUCAUGGCCCCACAUUUAGUUAAAGAAAAAUCCUUCAAGUUUGAGCUGGAUGCUUUCAACAAGAAGGUCAUUCAAUCUUAUAAGUUGGACAGAUUUGAGAGUUUCCCUCGCGAUGUAUUAGCUUUCCAAGGUGAAGUAAAUUUGAGAAAUCCAGAUGAGACAUAUUUUCUCUUGGAGGAUUAUGGGCCAUUUGGAAGCCAGGCUCCAGACAAUCCUCUUUACAUAUACUUUGGAAGACAGAUUUCAGAGGGCCAGAGAGAUGCCAUUAGAAGAUACACUUUGCAGAGCAGAAAGUUUAUAGCUAACACCAGUAUGGACGCUGGUCUCUCACUUCUCAUGGCCAACAUUGCCCAAGUGAAAAAAGAUGAUCUUGUCAUGGACCCGUUUGUAGGAACAGGAAGCCUUCUGGUGGCAUGUGCUCACCAUGGGGCUUAUGUUAUGGGCACUGAUAUCAACUACCUUCUGCUGCACGCUAAAGGUAAACCUUCACGAGCCAAACAGGAAAAGCGAGAGUCGGACGAGAGUAUCCAGGCUAACCUAUGUCAGUAUGGUCUGGGAGACUACUAUCUCGACGCAGUUGUUGGAGACGCAUCCAAGCACCACAUGUGGCGCCAGCAGCCAAUGUUUGAUGCUAUCAUUACUGAUCCUCCUUAUGGUGUUAGAGAAAAAGCAAAGAAGGUGGGCACAGAUGUUGGUGAUGUUAAACUGACAGACGACCAUAAAAUAGGACACGUUCCUCAAAAGGUUGAUUACCAUCUUGGUCAGAUCUUUAAAGAUCUUUUGAACUUUGCUGCCAAGUUUCUACACCUGGGCGGGCGGCUGGUGUACUGGUUUCCAGUCUAUAGACGGGGCUAUAAGGAGGAGAACAUCCCCACUCAUCCCUGUCUGUGUCGUGUAGCUAAUUGUGAACAGGUAUUGAACUGCCGCAUCUCUCGUCGUCUCAUCACCAUGGAGAAAGUUCAACCCUUUGAGAAAAUCCACGAGUCUGACAAUGCUCAAGUCGAAGUAGAUCACUACGAGGAGGCGUCAUUUCGACAAAUGUAUUUCCAUCCACGACGUUCAAAGGAAGGCGACGCCAAUGAUCAAGUAGAAAAUGGAGAAGGUGUGGAGGAAGCUAAUCUUGUUGACAAAAUAGCCACCACUUCUCUCGCUGAAAAUGGAUGAUGUUAUUUUGAUAUGGAACGUCUUGCUGAGAUAUCGCAUUAAAAUUAGGGUUUUCAAAAUCCAGAGAUACAGUUGAAAUAUCAGUCAAUCUGAUUAGAAUGUUUCUCGUCUAUGAUAUCGAUAGCCCCCCAUUGAGUGAAGGGUCAUCCUCAAACAUUCGGAUGAUUUCCUACAUAAUGCCGAGCUACUGUGAAAUAAUUGUCAGGGCAUGUCAGCUUCUUAACAUCAUCUUUUACUUUAACAAUAUGACUGUGAUAUUUUAAUAUAAUAAACAAGCAAAAGUGUAA